AUGGGAAAUGUUUGUUUUCGAGAAGAAUUCGUCUAAAACGAUAUAGUUAAACUGAAAUUUGAUGAAGAUGAUCUCCACGCAACUGCUAUAAGUAUCUAAGGGAGGGAAACAAAAUAAUUGGCAUAAUUAUCUGAUUUUAAGAAAUUAAAGUUACUUGGAAAAGGGGCGUAUGGAAGAGUCAUGUUAGUUGAAUACGAUAAAAAUGGGAAAUAGAAGUUUUAUGCGAUGAAGAUAUUAGAGAAGAAGAAUAUUAGAAAGGAAUCUCAAAUUAGACAUGUUUUGGAUGAAAGAAAAAUAUUGGAGAAGUCUAAUUCCAAUUUUGUUGUUAAACUCAGGUAUGCAUUUUAAAAUCAUGCUCGGUUGUAUUUUAUAGUGGAUUAUAUGGAAGGAGGGGACUUAUAUUAUCAUAUCAAAUCAUAGCCUACAUUUCCUGAUAAGUUUAUUAGGUUUUACGCUGCUGAAAUACUGUUUGGAUUAUAGCAUUUGCAUUCUUUGAAUGUAAUAUACAGAGAUCUCAAACCAGAGAACAUUCUCUUGAGUCAAUCUGGACAUAUCAAAUUAUCUGAUUUUGGGCUCUCUAAGAUUCUUGAUGAUUUCAAUGACAAGGCUGAUACAUGCUGUGGAACAAUAGAUUAUUUGGCUCCAGAAGUAUUAGGCAAUGAAGGAUAUUCAUUUGCGUGUGAUUUCUAUAGUUUAGGUUGUCUAAUCUACGAGAUGUAUUUUGGAAUGCCUCCUUUUUACAGUAAAAACAAAAGAUUAAUGAUUUAAAAUAGAAGUAUUAGAUUGGUUCCUUUUUCGGAAUAGUGUCCUUAAGAUGCAAGAGAUUUAUUGACAAGGCUCCUUGAGGUGGAUCCCAAAAAAAGACUAGGAAGAAAAGGAGCUGAAUAAAUAUUAAAUCAUGCAUAUUUUCUUGAAUUAGAUCUAUAAAAGAUGAAGGAAUUGUAGAUAUAGGCACCCAUUACAAUAGUGAAUUCAGAUUACAUCGAUCUAAAAAUGUUUAGGGAAAAAGUUCCAUAAACACCUUAAAAUAAAGGAACUCUAAAGAUCUUUGAAGGGUUUACUUAUUUGCAAAAGGAAAGUCAAGAUUAUUGA